AUUUUACGAAUUUCGAAUGUCUAUAAUACGCAAAAAUUUCAGUUCUAAUCUUAAUUUGAAAUGUUUUGGGAAUCAAAGUCAGCAAAAAUCGAAGCAUGCACGCCUAAAUACACAUGGUCACAAACGAUUCAUGACGUGACCAUAAAUCUCCAGGUUCCCGAAGGGACUUCUGGCAAAGAUGUCGAAUGGUCAUGUAGGCCAGACUAUUUACAUGUCGGGAUCAAGGGCCAGCCUUAUUUGAUGCAAGGCGAGACAGCCGGUAUUGUAAAGCCUUCAGAAUCCGUUUGGACGCUCGAGGAUAAAAAACACCUCUGUAUUCAGCUUCAGAAAGCCAAAGCUCACGAUUCCUGGUCUUCUGUAAUUAAGAACGAAUAUGUGCUCGAUCCACUUACGAAAGAAAAAAUGGAUAAAAACAUGAUGCUCGAGAAAUUUCAAUAUCAAUAUCCAGGAUUUGACUUCAGCAAAGCAGAAAUGACAGGAAAGAUUCCAGAUGAUCCCGCCAACUACCUUCAUCCAAACAGCUUUGAGGAUAUACAGUAUUAA